GAAAGUUGUGCAACUUUGACACUGGUAGUUAUGUUGUUUUUGUUUAUGAACUAGACAUGGAUGAUUAUAACAAAGAGCAUCACCAGACGUUGGUUCGCAACAAGCUCAAUGCUGAUAAGAUUAAACUCUGGUUGCCGCCAUACACUACAGAAACUGGUGGCAAAGGACUCGUGCCUCAAGAACUUAUAACUAGGUAUGCGAAAGACCUUUCUUUCCCUGAAAUAGAGGUUGAGGAGAUUCUAGAAACUCUCAGACUACACGCUCUUCAGAAGUUGGCAGAACGAAACAAGUUUGAAAAUGCUGGAAUUGCUACACUGAAAAUUAAACUGGCAGGACAAGUAGAAGGGGCUAGGAAGAAGGUGUUUUCUGUCGAGAUCAGUUUGGACAAAAUGGGCUCGGAUCUACGUGCCGUCAUUUCAGAGAACUGUGGCAAGCCUUGCGAGCAGAUCAAGUUGAUAAGCAGUGGACGAGUCAUUCACGAUUCGUCGUUGAAAGAUCAGGGCAUUCGGAACGGGGCACAGAUAAUGGUCAUACAGUUGGCUCACUCAGAAGUUGAAGCUCAGCGUCAGGAAGACGAGAUGUUGGACGUAGUCAAGACAAGAAAGGCCGCCGAACUCCUGUCCUCCAGAAUAGACACGGAUGAUGAUGAUUUUGAAGUCCAAAUUGCUGACCAGUCAGGUCGACCACUCCAGCUUCCUGUUGAAGAAAGGAAGGCUCUGACUUUGGCCAUGACUCUGCACGAGAAGGGAAGAGCUGCACUGAAGAGAAGGGAGAUAACUCGGGCUCUGUUGCUACUUCUGGAAGCAGAUAAGGAGUUCAGUAAGUGCCGGGUAGAUUUAUUGAAAGCUGUCGACAAUUACGCCGUCCUGUGUCUGGAUAUCGUCUGGUGCUACCUGUGUCUGAAAAACAUCUCAGAACUUCCUGAUGCAGAACGCAGACUGCGAACGAGUGAAGACUGCUUUAUCCAGAGCUAUGGUGCAAACAAUGAGCGGUUAACUGCAGUAAAGGGUGGUACUGGCAGUGAGCAGGCCCAGGCUCUCUUUAUGAGACUUCACCUUCUACAGGGGAUUGUCGCUUUUCACCAGCACCGAAUAAACGAUGCCGUCCAGCUUCUUAACAAGGCCGAGACUGAAUUUAAGAAUCUUCAAGUGGAUGAGGAUAAAAUAACUCAAGUUUUAUUCAUGGGGUUUUCCGAGAGAGAAGCCAGAUUGGGACUGAGAGCUUGUAGGAACAAUGUCCAGCAAGCUGUGGAACACAUAAUGAACAAAAGAAAGGAAAAAGCAGAAAUAAAGAAAAAGAGUGAUGAAGAAAGAGAAAGUAAAAGAUUGUCCAGAAAAUUGGGGAAAACUGCAAAUGGUCAAUGGGUGAACGUGAGCCACUAUAAUGCGCUUAUAAAUAUGGGAUUUUCGAAAAAGGCUGCGUCGGCAUCGUUAAAACAGACGAACAAUGACAUCAAUCAGGCCAUAGAGGUUCUUCAGAAUCACCCAGAGUACCUGGAUAUGUCCGAUAACACACACGAAGUCAUUCCACUCACAGACGACAUGAUAGCCCAGUUGACUUCCAUGGGAUUUGACUUCGAAAUGGCCAGGGAAGCUUUGUCACGGCUUAAUGGAAACAUCCAAAAGGCAGCCGAGAUGUUGCUCAAGCAUGGUGGCCUUUUGCCGUUAAGCAGUCCAGAGUGGUCUUCAGAGUCAGAUGGAUCAUCGUCUCCGUCAAAGUCUGAUGAAAAUUCCAAGAUGGAGAAAGACGCCAUUGAGAACUUGAUGUCAGAUCUGUCUCGUGACGAGGAGGACUACCUUGACCUGGCACUGCAGGAGGAAGCUCAGUUCCUGUCCGAGUACAAGACUCUGCUCGCCAGCAUUAGCGACGUUCGAUAACCCGUAGAUCUGUGUCUUUAACAGCCCAUUCAGUACCUUCCUAAAUCAGAGACAGCAAAGGUCCAGAUUUGUCCAUAAUCCUGGAUUUUAAACGUUAAAACACUAAUACGACAUUCGAUAACCCAUACAUCUGUGUCUUUAACAGCCCUUUCAGUACCUUCAUAAAUCAGAGACAGCAAAGGUCCAGAUUUGUCCAAAAUUCUGAAUUUUAAAUGUUAAUUCACUAACCGAUUUAGUUCCUGCCUGAGUACAAGGCUCUCCUCACCAGCAUAAGCGAUGUUCGAUAACCCGUAGAUCUGUGUCUUUAACAGCCCUUUCAGUACCUUCAUAAAUCAGAGACAGCAAAGGUCCAGAUUUGUCCAUAAUCCUGGAUUUUAAACGUUAAAACACUAAUACGACAUUCGAUAACCCAUACAUCUGUGUCUUUAACAGCCCUUUCAGUACCUUCAUAAAUCAGAGACAGCAAAGGUCCAGAUUUGUCCAUAAUUCUGGAUUUUAAACGUUAAAUCACUAAUACGACAUUCGAUAACUCAUACAUCUGUGUCUUUAACAGCCCUUUCAGUACCUUCAUAAAUCAGAGACAGCAAAGGUCCAGAUUUGUCCAAAAUCCUGGAUUUUAAACGUUAAAACACUAAUACGACAUUCGAUAACCCAUACAUCUGUGUCUUUAACAGCCCUUUCAGUACCUUCAUAAAUCAGAGACAGCAAAGGUCCAGAUUUGUCCAUAAUUCUGGAUUUUAAACGUUAAAACACUAAUACAACAUUCGAUAACCCAUACAUCUGUGUCUUUAACAGCCCUUUCAGUACAUUCAUAAAUCAGAGACAGCAAAGGUCCAGAUUUGUCCAUAAUCCUGGAUUUUAAACGUUGAAUCACUAAUACAUUCUUUUCAUUUUAUUUGGAUCUUGAUUGCCAUCGUAAUUUCAAUUAAAUGUACGUUCCCUUAGCCAGCAUUAAUAACUUUUGAUGACCCAUAAAUCUGUGUCUUUCUCAGACUUCUCAAUACCUUCCUAAACCAUAAAGAUUAAAGCUACAUAUUUCUGGAUGUUAAAUGUUAAUUCAGUAAUGGACUUAGUUCCUGUCUGAAUACAAGGCUGUCCUCGCCAGCAUUAGCGACAUUCGAUAACCUGUAGAUCUGUGCUUUUCUUGGUCUUCUCAGUACCUUCCUAAGACAAUAAAACUAUAGAUGUCUGGAUUUUAAAUGCUAAUUCACAAUCCAACUCAUUUCCGGUCUGAGUAAAAAACUCUCCUUGCCAGCAUUAGUGAUGUUCGAUAUCCCAUUGAUCUGUGACUGUCAGUCUUUUCCUAAACCAGGGCCCGUGCUUAUAAAACUUUUAAAGUCCAGACUCAAUCUCUAAUGACAUUAUACGUAUACAAUUUGUAUGGCGUUGUCAUGACAUUAGUGUCUCUGGCUCUAUUAGAGUCUCGAGUCUAGACUCUAAAAGUUUUAUAAGCACCAGGCCUGAGAUGAUAAAGCUCCAUAUUUGUCCAGAAAUCUGGAUUUUAAAUAUGAAUUCACCGACUAAUACAUUCUUGUCACACGCAUAAAGCUCCAUAUUUGUCCAGAAAUCUGGAUUUUAAACAUGAAUUCACUGACUAAUACAUUCUUGUUACUUUAGGUUGAUCUUCGUCACCAUCAAGAUCUGUUCUUGUUGGAGAAUUGACUUCCAGCAAUACAGUGAAAGCUCUCUAAACUAUUUCUCGUGGUAUGUGCUAUCUUGUCUGUAGGAUGGUGCAUUUAAAAGAUCCCUUGCUGCUAAUUGAAAAAGAGUAGCCCAUAAAGUGGUGACAGCAGGUUUUCUCUCUCAAUAUCUGUGUGGUCCUUAAUCAUAUAUCUGACGCCAUAUAACCGUAAAUAAAAUGUGUUGAGUGCAUCAUUAAAUAAAUAAAAACACAUUUCCUCUCUAAACUGGACUCUGAACAAACCGGAAUCCUGUUAAAACUGACCAGGUUUCGUUGUCACAAAUUUUCUAAAUUCUAAAAAACGCAAUCCUCUAUACACCAGAUCCUGUCUAAAUCAGAUAGAUAUUAUGUGCCAAUCGUGAUUUUCCCCCCCCCUCCUUUUUUACUGCAGAAAAUAGCAUACACAUUUCAGGGUUUAAUUUCUACAGUGUUUCCUUUGUUUAUAAAAAGUAGU